AUGGAGCCGCAUUUUAUAUGCAAAGAGAGAGCUCCUUUGGUUCAAGAGAUAGUUCCUCACACAUUCAUCGAAGCUGAAAACAAACUUGGCCAGAAACCACAUGAUAUAUUCAUGAAAGAACACAAGAAGUUACGCAUAGAAGGAGAGAGAUGGAUGAAAGAAACUGCAAAAGCAUAUAUUAUCAUAGCUACUCUGAUGAUAGCUACUGUGUUUUUUGCAACACUCUUACCACUACCGGGUGGAUUAGAUGACCUAACGGGCAAACUCAAGUUUGGACAGAAGAAACGGUUUGAUGUCUUCUUUUCAGCAGAUAUGUUUGGCAUCCUUUUUGCUCUAGUGUCUACUGGGUUCUUCGCAGCAAUCAAGAGUUCUCGGUUUGCCCAAGAAGAUUUUCGGACAAACUUACCAACGAAACUAAUGGUGGGGGUUUUAGGCUUGGUUUGA